CCUCCACCAAUCACCUCUGGCCUGUUAUCUCGAAGAGUCGAAUGUGAGAACAGGUGUUGGGUUCUCAGAGCUUCAAGGUCUUUCGGCAUCGUCACCAUUUCUCUGUGUAAUGAGUCACUUCUGAAGACGACGAGCAGCGACCGGCCACCACCAGACCCAAUGGACAGAAGAAGAAGAAUGCUCUCCAUCUUAUCGGUUUUACUUCUUCUCAACUUGGUGAAGACUUCGCUAUGUACAGAGGAUGGGAACGUCACUUCUAUUGAAGUUCCAGAAAAUAAAGCGACAGUAUUAUCUGAUGUGCCUUCAGCCAAAGCGUUCAUCGAUUCCACUGACAUAGCCGUGGUCGGCUUUUUUACGGACUUGGAGGAACCAGAAAUCGAAUACUUUGAGACUCUGGUGAAAAAUCACCCAGAAUGGGAUUACGGCACCAGCACCACCCCGCAGGUCUUAAAGCACUACAAGAUCAAGAGCAACACGAUCACCAUCUUCCGCAAGGCUGACAACUGGAGGGAUGACUUGGUGGUGAACGAAAACGAAAACAUCAACACAGCCAAAUUGUACCGGUUCCUGACCAUCAAUGAGCUGAGGCUGGUGGCGGACUACAACCCCAUGUCUGCGAUCGGCUUAAUCGCCUGCGAGGUUGAGGUCCACCUUCUCUUCUUCAGUGACAGCAAUGUUGAAAACGAAGCUGAAAUAACAAAGGAACUGCGAAAGGCUGCCAAUGAUCUGCGUGGAAAGGUUCUCUUUGUGAAGAUGGAUUUGGGAAAGCCGUACACACGGAAAAUUGCCGGGUUUUUUAAGAUCCAGAGAAGUGACCUCCCUCUGAUCUCCAUAUAUAACACAGACAGCAAUAAGAAGCUCAUCAUGCCGCGCGGGGAGAUCACCGCCGAGACGGUGAAAGAAUUCUGCCAGAAGUUCAUCUCCGGGGAUUAUACGGAGGAAGAAUUGGAAAGCAACAGGGAGAAGAUAGAACUCUGAUAUUUAUUAAAUACACAGAAUUUGUUCAUUUGUCCCAAACUCUUUUUUUGACCUUUAAAAUAUUUUUACAUUUCUGAAAUAAAAAGAUUUCUUUGUCGGUACCAGAUCACU